AUACUUAAACUCUUUUUUCACGUCGUUUAUUCACAUUAGAGGUGCGCACUAAUGUGCUGUGUAACCGAAGGCGUCCGAAACACCAGUUGGACUUACAUGCCACUGCUGAAAGCGAAAAGUAUCGUAGCUAAUUCGUCUGUGUUGUCAGAAAGUAGCGCAGCUAACACAGACAGCUGCUGGAAACUGAUGGAUGUUGCUAGCCAAAACCAGCCUGGAUGCUUGGUUUAUACUUGCGUCCUGAACUCAUAGUAGACAAAGCCACCAACCCUUCCAACAGACAGGAAGACUGGGAGUAUAUAAUGGGAUUCUGUGACCAAAUCAAUAAGGAACUGGAAGGCCCACAAAUAUCCGUUAGACUGCUCGCUCACAAGAUUCAGUCCCCGCAGGAGUGGGAGGCGAUACAAGCACUAACGGUUCUCGAGGCUUGUAUGAAGAACUGUGGGCAACGAUUUCACAAUGAAGUUGGAAAAUUUAGGUUUUUAAAUGAAUUAAUUAAGGUGGUUUCACCAAAAUAUCUAGGAGACAAAGUAUCAGAAAGAGUGAAGACAAAAGUUAUUGAGAUGCUGUACAGUUGGACUGUGUCUCUACCGGGUGAAGCAAAGAUCUCUGAAGCGUACGAGAUGCUGAAGGCACAGGGUAUUGUUUUAGUUAACCCAGAAAUCCCUCUUGAUUCUACAUUAAUACCAUCGACUUCUCCGCGACCCAAGAAUCCUGUGUUUGACGAUGAGAAGAAGAGCAAGAGACUUGCAGAGCUGCUGAAGAGCAAAAAGCCUGAAGAUCUGCAAGAGGCCAAUCGGCUCAUCAAGAACAUGGUCAAGGAGGACGAGGCGAGGGCCCAGAAAGUGACAAAGCAAAAGAGCACGCUUGAGGCCGUAAACAACAGCGUCAAACUCCUUAACGAGAUGCUUGCUCACUUCAGCCCGGAAGACUCCACGGAAGGAGACAAGGAGCUCAUUAAGGAGCUGUAUGGGGACUGCGACAAGCUCAGGCAAACUGUGUUUCAGCUCGCUACUGAGACUGAGGAUAAUGACAGCAGCUUGGGAGACAUCCUGCAGGCCAGUGAUGACCUCUCCCAUGUCAUUAAUUCCUAUAAGAAGACUGUGGAAGGACAGAUCACCAAUGGAGAGACUGAAGAAGCACAACAAACACAAUCAUCAGUCAGACAAGGUCGCACAAACCAGUCGGAGAUUCUGAUUGACCUGGUCGGUCUGGACGUCCAGACCGCCUCUCCACCAGAGCAGAAACCGCCGACAUCUUCUUUAUCUCUGCCUGCUGACCUGCUGUGCGGGUCUGCUGCUACUGACGCUCAGUCCCCUAGCCCCAGUCUGGCUCUGCUGGAUGAAGAGCUACUAUCUUUAGGCUUUAACGAACCAGCUCCUGUUCGAAGUAAAUCAACACAUGUAAACCUGAGCAAUCAUUUGCCACCGUCACAGGAUUCCGGUCAAGAUUUGGAUUUUUUUGGCACCACUUCAGCUUCAGCUCCUACAUUCUCUACACCAUCACUUUUUCCAGACCCCCUUUCUUUGACAACAGCAGCUGUUAGCGAAUCCAAGUCUUCUACAGCAACCUCUGGCUUUAGCCUCCUCGGCGCCGACUUCUCCACGCCUCCAGUGUCUACAGUAUCUGUCGCAACAACAGCAGUCAUAUUCCCGCAGCCCCUCGAUUCUGUAUUGACCACCAUGGCCCCAGCUGCUGGUCUUCCUCAGUCAUUCAGCAUGGCUUUGCCUGCUACCUCUCUCACCCCUGUCACUCCACAACAGGUCUCCACUUCACCUGGAGCAACCCACACGACUUCAGCUUCACUCAGUCACAAUCUACAAGACCUUGCAUUGCUGGAUUUGGGCAGCCCUAAAAUUACAACAGGUGUGAUGGACUUUGGCAGCUCUCCAGUCAAGAGUGGGGAUCUGCUGUCUUCCAGUCUUCCGGUGACUUCCACCACAUCCACUUCACUGCUCCUAGGAGGGAUUCAAGAAGGGUCCACUCCCCCUCCUGCCAAGAGUCAGGCCGAUGACAGCCCUCUGUUACGCUCUCUGUCCCCCAUCCUCCCUCUGAGCCAGCCUAGCCCAGGAAAGGAACAAGAGGGGUCCUUGACCAAUGUCUUUGUCCCUUUGGAUGCUAUCAAGCCAAGUAAAUUGUGUCCUGUGACAGCAUAUGACAAAAACGGGGUCCGCGUCCUGCUGCAUUUUGCCACCGACUGUCCAACAGGCAGACCUGAUGUAUUGGUGAUGGUGGCAUCCAUGCUUAACACUGCCCCGCUGCCUGUCAGGAACAUUGCUCUGCAGGCUGCUGUGCCUAAGACGAUGAAAGUAAGACUGCAAUCACCUUCAGGGACAGAGCUGGCUCCUUUCAACCCAGUCCUCCCCCCUGCUGCUGUCACCCAGGUCAUGCUGCUUGCCAAUCCUCUCAAGGAAAAGGUUCGGAUGAGAUACAAGUUGACAUUCACGCUGGGAGAGCAGCCGCACACAGAAGUGGGGGAGGUGAAUGAGUUUCCACCACCUGACAGAUGGGGGGCUUUAUAGUGCUGCCCUGCCUUCCAACACUACAAGACUUCAACAAUUGUGUUUGUCAGCGCAGCUCAGAGGUCAAGAAAAUGGGCAGCGAUGGACAACUUUGAGGGAAUAUUAGAAGAAUUUAAUAUAAACUUUAACUGACCAUGAAGGAGUUUUUCUGCUUAAGAUGGCCCACUAAAGUAGCCAAAGUCCUGUAGCGUGCAUCAAACUUAAACUUCACUACAGUGCCAGAGGUAGUCAGGGUGGUGCAGUAACAACAGGUGUGAUUUGGUUGAAUGUACAUGAUAUUUAUAUGGGAAAAUGGUUGAUAAUAUGAAGUAUUGCUAGGUUAUAACCAGGUUUUUAUAUUUACUAUUCCCUUUUGCUCUCAUUUUGUUGUUCAUAUUUACUGUCCUUAAACCCCAAACACUCCUAAUAUAGAGCAAAAACACAUAUUGAAGUAUAUUGUGAAGCCAGGUUCAUAUGUACAUGUGACUGCAACCUGCAUUUCACAUGAUUUGCUGCUGACUAUGUACUAAUAACUAUAAUAACAAUGUUUUAUGCUUUAAAACAUUGGACUGGAGCAGACAAGAGCCCCUCUGUUGUUAAAUUAGUUACUCCCAGUCGCCUCACAGUUACUAUUGAAUACUGUUACUUGUCUUCUGAGUUCUAUAACAACUGAUAGAUCAGACUAUUUAUUAAGCUUUUUAGUCUUUAAAAUAUGUAUUGACAUGGCUGUAUUUAUUUUGUUUUUUUGGAGGAAGGUAUUGGAUCUGUCCAUUUAAUCAUGGUAUUUAAAGUGACAGCUGUAUUUCUUCUGCAUACUCUUCUUAUGAUAAACUCUUUCAGUAUUGCAGUAAGAUAGGCACAAAUCAGUAGUGGGCUGUCUACCAAGUUUUAAUGUUACCAAAUAUUCAGACAAAACAUCUUGAAGCAUGUUACAUUAUGUAGCAACAGUGUGGAUUCUGAUGAAUUGCAUGUCUUGUUACAUGUUCAGGCUAUGCACACUGAAUAGUAUUUUAAAAAUCCCUUAUGUUUGGUUGGUGCAACAUGAGCUAUUAAGUGCAAAGGGCCAUUGUAUACAUUAAAUGGAUGUGCUUUAGGAAGUGCUGACCAGCUGAAAAUGAAUCCCUGGAGACAAAAAGAAAUAUUGUUUGAUGUUAAUUAAAUGCCAAGCACAGCUUUGCCCUUGCUCCUGCUGUUAGACCAUGUUGUGGACACCACGCUAAAGGGGGUUUUGUGAUUAACCCUGGGUCAAUGGUAAAUGUUUAGCUUGUGGGGGAGCUUCCUAUAUCGAACUAGAAAAAUAUUUUCAUGAGUAAGCCCUGAGAGAAUACUGUAUAUCAGUAGUAAAAACUUGAUGUUUCAUUUAAAACAUUAGUCUUACCAUGUGUUCAUCAAAAAACUGUGACUUUAUUUUUGUCUUUCUUGGGAAAUGUAUGCUAUAUAGGAGAUUCUUUACAUAUUUCUUAUAAAACUAUUUAUUUGUCUUAGAAUGUUAAAUUAACUUGUCAUUGCAUAUUUUUUGAAAAGCUAUUUCUGUGCAUGGAAAAGAAUAAAGAACAAGAUGGAUCUAUUUGUAUUACAA